CAUGAAGACAAUAUUAGCAGUUUUACUGCUUUCUGCUACAGCCCCAAUAAGAACAGAGAAAUUGGUAUUUUCAGCAGAAUACAAAAAUAUAAUCGCACUAACUAGAAUAGAAUGUGCAGUGGUGAAUCCAAUGGAUCCGAAGUUGUUAUUCAAACUUGAUGAUAUUAAAGAUUUGCCGAGUCGUGAAAUUCUGAAAUGUCAUUCGCUUUGCAUGAUAAAGAAGUUGAAUUUGUUAAACGAUGACAAUAUUAUGGAGUUGGACAAGUUGAUGCAGUUGUUUAGUAGUCCAAGUCUAUUGAUUAAGGUACCAGCUUCGUACGCAAAAUGCCAGCUUAAUUUAAAAAGCAUACAAACUUGCAACGAUGGUUACGACGUUCAACAGUGUCUGCUUUACAAUGUAUGAGCUUUUUCGUAUGUUUGGUUCUUCAAUAAUUAUUUUGUAUGUAAUACAUAUAAUAUAA